CUGCAGACAUUUGGGCUUUUCAAAAAUCGUUUUCUAAGUUUAAACGUGUGUUUAUAUUGAACUUUUUCGCAUAUUAUGGUGCAUUGUGUGUCUAAUUAACCUUUUAUUGUGGUUUUUGGACGUUUCGUUGGAUAAAAUGUUGGAAAUGUGUCCAGUAGAGGAGUAUUAUGGCUCAAUGUCGUUCUAACACAAAGUUGAAGGAUUCCUUGCGGCUGAGAAGUGGAACUAGCUCUGUGAAGGACGACAGCGGCUGCGACCCGAGCCCCGAGGAGCCCUUGGCUGACAGCACCUUACCCGAGUCAGACGGAGAGGAACACAAGUCCCGGCCUACCUCGACUAUCACUCUCAGGUCUAAAUCCAGAGCUGACAGCCAGUCUGUACCUGAUGUCGGAAGUACGGGAUCGUCUCCCACCACACAUUCCAACAUGAAAACUAAACAGGCUAAAGAUGAGCUGGACAAGAGCAUCGAUGAAGAAAUUACUAUAGAACCCAAGACCCGACAGGCCAAGAAGAAGGCUUCCGAUAUCAGCGAAGAGAACAAAGCCAGCCAAGAUGAACCCAAGACAUCCAAAGAACCUAAGAAAAAUUUAAAAGCUAAAGCUGUUGUCAAGAAACGACCGCUGGGGAUUCGGAAAGCCUUGAGAAGCAAAAAAGUUAUCACUACAGCUAAAAGUAAACUCAAGAAUGUUAUAAAGCAGACCGCCACUAGAGGCAGGAAGCCUGUGGUGAAAACUGAACCUGAGGAUUCUCAAGACAAGGAGACUGUUCCACUGAUACCUGUUGCUGAAAUAAAAAAAGAGCCUGUUGACGAUACAACUCCUAACUCUAGGUCCUCAAGUCCUAAGACGGCUGGCAGGAAACAAAGACUUACAUCAGAUAAAAUCAUGCUCAAGUCUGUGCUUGCAGAGUCACCCACCAGCCUCUUGGGGUCUCGGACCAGCCCCUACUCCAUGCGCUCUGAGCGCAGCAACAGCCCAUCCUUGGUUGAAAAUAAAAAUGUUAGAAGGGGAAAGCCAAGGAAUGUAAAAAGCAAACUUUUAAAUGAGGUUGUUAUGAAAGAACAGAAUAAGCGACGCAGGCUACUUUCUGAUUCAAAGACUAGCGACACCACAGAUGCCUCGGAAGACUGUAAGAAACUGAAGCGAGGCCGCUCCUGCUCUCGGGAUGGCAGUGAGAUCUCCAAAUGUUCUGACAUCACCGAGUCGGAUGUCAGCCUGAGCGAGACACUCACAGACGCUGAUGGCAAGGAGCUCAAUAAAAAAUUAGAAAAGCCUAAGACUGAACUAGAUUUAGAUUUUGAAAAUAAUGUACAGAUCUCUAUUACAGAAAAAGUGCCUUCUCUCAUUGAUCCUAAAUUAACAGAUCCUGUAACGGAACCUAGCUGUAACACAAAUGAAAAGAGCAAGAAAAACACGAGCUUAAAAAGAAGUACUUCAUUAGACUCCGACAACAAUAAUAGUAAUAGGCUAAAGUUAGAAAAUUUAAAUUCAUCAGAAGACAAGAAAGGGAAGACUGAUAAAGACACGCUUCUGGACGCCCGUAGUAGUAUACUCAGUAGUAUGUCCAAGACUUUUAACACUAAGGAGGUAGCGAAGAAUUUAAGAAAAGCCAGACGAGGCCGAAAGGUGGCGGCGGCGGCGAGGCCACGUGUCGGCUUCCAGUCGGCCUCGCGACGAGCCUCUGCCGGCCAGGCUGACGAUACUGACAAGACCGAGACCCUCGAGACCCUGUCCAAGGAAAUCGACGAUCUCAUUAACAAUUUGGACCAAAACAUAGACCGCGACCACGAGAUGGCCAGCGAAACCGCAGAUGAGGUGCAGACCAAAUCCGUCUCCAAGUUUUAUGGCCUGUCUAAGCCACUCGGAGACAACAAUAGCAUCAUCACACCAGAGACACCUGUCAAAGACAAAGAGACUCCUUCCGUUACGACUGACAGCACGCCGUCUAAGACUGAUGACAGUGAAAACAUAAGACUACAUUAUGAAGAAGACUCCCUAGAAAAGGCAGCGGAUGCUAACAAACCAGAAAUCAGCUAUAAAGUUAGCUCAGUCGCGAGCAUAGACAAACUCAUGGAUAGAUUGAAAGUUUUUGAAGAAUUUGACAAGAAAAGACAGAGGCAGGAAUCUGAAGUUAGAUCGACAGACAGCAAAACGGUUAUGGUUACUAAUGACGUCGUUCUAAUCAACAAAUCAGGAGCAGAUAUAAAGCAACUAAAAGACGUGCAAACUGUAAGAUCCCCUGAGAGACCUAUUGAAAAGGAAAAUGUACUGAGCUGUUUUGAAAAUAACUCUGCCAUAUCUAUAGUUAAAAGAGACCAAGUUAGAAAAUCUAUUGAUAUUGACUUGCCUAACUCUGUAACUUUAAUAAAGCGGAAUAGUUUUACUUCAAGAAAAGAAUCUACAAGCUCCAAUCAUUCAAAGGAAUCUGAUGCUAUCAGCAUUUUCGAGAAAUCACUGGGCAAAGAUGUGACGUUGACUGAAAUCAGGAAAUCUGUGGAUAAAUCGGCUCCUGCUACACAGGUGGACUUACACCAGUUUGCUACCCUGCACCCUAACAACCCCACGGCUAGUCUUAAGGGGGUUGUUUUAGAUACGAGUCAGAUAUCAAUAACGCCUCGUGUGCUGGACUCAAGUCUUCGUAGAUCGAGAGAAUCUCUAUCUCGAAAAACGUCUGAAUCAGCUAUAGAGCCAGAAGAGAAGAUGGCAGUUUUAGAGAAAAUAAAAUCGCCUCCUCCACAGAUAAAAUCACCACCACCGACGCCGAUCGCAGUGGCGCCGACGCCGAUCGCAGUGGCGCCGACGCCGAUCGCAGUGGCGCCGACGCCGAUCGCAUUGGCACCGACGCCGAUCGCAGUGGCACCGACGCCUGUAGCCGUCAAGUCUCCUGAAGUAAAACCUAUGGAGACUGAAGCCCUCGCGCCUCCUCUAGAAAACGUCAAAGUUGUUCCCGAAGACAUAUCUCUGGCCACUGAAAUCCCGAAAGCUGUUAGCGUUAUACCUGACAAACCUGCGGAGAUUACUCCUACUGAGCAGCCUGUGGCCGCACAACCAGAGCCUGUAAAGCCUGAACCAAUGGUCGAGGACAUCCUCAAGGUCGAAAAAGUAGAAGAGAAAAUGGAAAUCCCUGAUGAAACGAAAGAAGAAAAAAUUGAAGUUCCUAAAGAAGCUAAGGAAACGGAAACUAAAACAGAGACGCCGGUUGAAACUAAACCAUCAGAAAGCAAGCUAUCUGAAUCCGCAGACCUCGCUAAACCGGGCAAGAGUCCCGGUAAAACGAGUAAAUCUGCGCGUAAUUCGACCGAAAGCCAACCGGGCCCCAGCACCAUGCUGCACGAAACGCCUGAAAGCCAAAAACGUAAAGAAAACGUACUUAGAACUCUUGGUUUACUGACUCACAAAGCCGCUAAAGAGGCAAAGAUAGAGAAACUUAAAGAGAAACAGCGGAUCGCUAAUAUGAGUGUGAUGAAGAAGUCUAAACAAGGUUCAGGGGACUACACGGGGACGUUGAAGACGGUGAUAAAGCUGAAUAGGGGCGGGGCGGAUAGAGAUAAGAAGAAAUACAGGAGUUCGUUGAAGAUGACGUUCCAGAAGAGCAAGAACCGAGCCGGGAAGCUAGCGCCCGACCCGGGAGACGCGGCGGCCGAGGAUGACGCCUACUACACCAUCGAACGACGAGAGGCCUUCGCCGGAGCGGCACCAGAGGGUGGGCACAGAAAGUCUUACAGUAACCGUCUUAACCACGUGGAAGCCGAGGCAGUCCCAGAGCCGGAGCCCAAAGAGACCCUGAGCCUGGUGAUCCCGGAGAAGUCCUCCUCGUUCAGCAUCCACCCGGGCCGGCUGUGCCAGGACCAGUGCUUCUACUGCGGGGGCAAGUUCGGACUGUUUGACACACCCUGCCAUAUCGCCCAGAUGAAGAGUACGGAAAGACAGAAGAAGGUUUUGGACAACGAGGAGCGGCUGACCAUAGACAGUUGCCUGUGCGACGCGUGCUACCGCCACGUGGAUCGGCGCGCCAACUGUCCCUCGUACCGCAAGCGGGCCCCUAGGCCGCUAGGGCAGCCCCCGCGGCCACAGUAAGUUUAACAUUCAUCAUCAGAAUCGUCGAAGCCUGCGAGUCCGCCGCCAGAGCCGUCCGGCUCGGACUCGGACGCGGCGGCGGGCGCGCGCUGCCACGCGGCGGGCUGCACGGCCGCCGCCGCGCGCUCCGUGCGCCGCAAGUGGCUCAUCAAGAUGCGGGCGGCGGUCAGCAAGCUGUUGAAGUUGCAAAGCGACUACCCGGGCCUGCACACGCUGGGCCUGUGCGCCGCGCACUACGCGUUGCUGGCGCCGCUGCUGGCCUGCGCGCUGUGCCGCCGCCGCCUCACCAAGCACCAGCACGUGCACAUCCUGCAGCAGGGCCACGCCGAGAUCAACCCCCUGCUGGCGGCGGCGGGCAUCCCCGUGCAGCUGGCGGACAAGCCGGUGCUGUGCAAGCUGUGCCGCUACUACACCACGCUGCUGCGCCGCCCCAGAGACAACCCCGCGCACCAGCGCCACUACCGCCGCAGAUUACUGCAAGUGCACAACAUCGAAGUGCCGCCAGAAUCGGAAAACGAAAGCGAAAACGCGCAACUACAGCUCGAGGACAGCGCGCGGCGCAAAAAAGCGCGCUCCAAGAGCAAGCGCAAGUCCGACCCCGACCGCCCCGAUAGCGACUCCCGCGACCGCCCCGACAGCCCUGAAAAAGACAACCAACCCAAGACCCAACCCGAUGAAGAAGACAUCGAAAGCCUCAUAUCUUCCAACAAAAUUCUAGUCCCCAACGCCAAAGGCACCGAACCCAUGCCGAGCGAUGGCUCCGACCCCGAAGGCUACAUGGACCCCGUCCUGGACAAACAGACCGAGCUACAGAUCCUCCUCCAGAAACAGAACAACCCCGCACAGUUCAUGCACAACCAGGCCAACUUAACGCAGAAGCAGAGAAACUUGCUGAAAGUCCACCAUCUUUCUAACAUACAGAAACCUGGCUUGCAACAGAGGAUAAACGAUAAGAACGCUCGAAGGCUACAUAAGCUCGGACAGAUGAUUGUAAAACAAGACAAAAAGCAGGACGACUUGGAAAUAUUCGAUCCGGAGAAAUGCAAAGAUGUUAACAUGAAGAAUUUGUCUAUUAACGAGGAGUGCACUAUCGAGAGUAUACCGAAUAAGAAACCGGCGGAUAUAAACACUUUGAAAAACAAAUGGCAGCAGUCUGAAAGCUUCACCCAAGUUAAGAAAAAUCUGAGCGAGUUAUCAAAGAAAUUGACGGUGGAAAAAGAUCCUAAACAGAAAUCUGAGGCUAAAUACUCCAAUCCGGUUAAGAGGCUCGAAACCAAUCCGUCUAUUUCGGUUCGAGAGUUGUUCCCGGGCGAGGAGGAAAUGAAUCUACAGUGCAACAUAGAGUUCGGCAACGUGAAAGGAGUAACACCCGAAGGCUGGGAAAAAUGCAGCACCACUAUACAGUACGAUGUUGAAACAAAGAAGCUGUGGAACGACCUCCAAAGACCUUACGGGAACCAAUCCAGCUUCCUGAGACACUUAAUUCUCUUAGAAAAGUACUUCAGAAGCGGGGAUUUAGUGCUAUCGCAUAACGCAGCCCCAAACGCCGCUAAUUACAGCGAUUCGGUCCAAAGCAGACUACGGGCGUACGAUAACGUCGUGAACGACGCUCCUAGGAGAAGCGAGCCGGCUAUAAGUCUGAUUGAAUUCAGGAAAAAACCAGCUGUGAACGGUAAAAGCUUGCUAAAGACCAAUCAGAGCAUGGAAGAUAAGGAUCCUAAGAGGUUCAUGCCGCCGCCAGCGCUUCCCAAACCUAAGCCGAAGGAGAAGAAAUCCAAGCCGCUGCCUCCGGAGUUGAUAGCUAUUAACACGCCUAACGCUCAGGGCAGGAAAGCGAUACAGAAUGUUCUUCACAAUAUCCAGCAGUUAGUGAAGGGGGUUUCGGCGUCGGAUCCGACGGAGGUGGCAGCGUCGCCGGUGCCGGUGGCGCUGCCGGUUCCGGUUCCGGUGCCGGUUCCGGCGCCGGUUCCGGCCAACACGCCGGAUAAGAAAGAGGACAAGCCUCAUACGCCGAAGAAACAGAAGACUACGAGCAAGCCGUGGCGGCCGACGCUCAUGCCUAUUACGCCGGAAAACGUGGCUCGAGCGGCUCGCGAGCCGAUCCAAACGGCGGUCGACGGCCGCCGCCUCCCCAGCCUCGUCAAAGUCAUGUCCUCCGGCAAGCAGUACCACAUCACGCUGCAGGACUACAACAAGAUGUGCGUCAUGCGCCGCGAGAAACUCCAGCAACUCGGCCACGACGAGAAACCCAAGAAACCGGAGACCGAGACAGUGGUCACCGAGGUCCAGACCUCGGCCAUGCUCGGGAACGGAGGCACGGUCGUACAGAACAUCACAGAAUCGGAUAAGCUAGAUAUGCACGGGUCCAACGCGGCCACUAUCCUGAAGAACGUCGGCUUGAAGAAUAUAACUAUAGCCCCGAUCACGCCUAAAACGGCCACGGUGACCUCGCAGACGUUCCCAGCACCGGUGGUCACUUCUCCGUCGCUUCUGGUCACGUCGACGCCUCUAAAACUGCCUCAGCUAGGCCCAGCGGUGUCUAUUACUAGCGAAGCUAUCCUACCGAGCCUGCCUAUAAUGGCGUCCAGCCCUAUGAUAAUGCCAAAAAUCCCCAAAUCGCUAACUGUGAUACCGCAGUCGCUGAGCGUGAGCGCGCACUUGCCCGCGCCGGCGCCCGACGCGCGCCCAUAACGAAGCCUCAUCUUCCUGCUCAUGUAGCGAGCGCCCGCGGCCACCGGCGUGGCCG